CUUUCUUCGGGAGAGGGGGCCAGGCUUGCUCUCGUGGCUGGCUUGGGCGAUGAACCUGGAGCGCCCACCUGGCCGGGUAGAAGGCACAGACGGUCAGGUGGAGCUGUCUCUUUAAGACCGUGUUCUUGUUGACUCCAGCCACAAUGAGCAAGUCUUCUGAGAGCCGUGGACCCCCCCACAGUGCCAGUUCCCCUUCAGAACGGGUGUUCCUGAUGCCCCCACCCCGGAAGGCCCCUCUCAGCAUCACUGGCACCCCUGUCCUCGAAGACUUUCCCCAGAAUGAUGAUGAGAAGGAGCGGUUGCAGCGGAGGCGCUCCAGGGUCUUGGACCUGCAGUUAAGCGCAGACUCUCCUCACCUCCUAGCCUCCCCCACCAGCAGGAAUGUUGAUGUUUCCGCCACGAUUCCUAAGUUUACGAACACGCAGAUUACAGAGCAUUACUCCACCUGCAUCAAGCUGUCCACUGAAAACAAAAUCACUACCAAGAAUGCUUUUGGCUUACACUUGAUUGAUUUUAUGUCUGAGAUCCUUAAACAGAAGGACACCGAACCAACCAACUUUAAAGUAGCCGCUGGUACCCUGGACGCCAGCACCAAGAUCUACGCUGUGCGCGUUGAUGUUGUCCAUGCUGAUACGUACAGAGUCCUGGGGGGGCUCGGCAAAGACGCCCCAUCUCUGGAAGACGUGGAGGAGGACCCUGGUGCAGACGGAAGUGCUACUGAAACAGGAACAACCAAAAAGGCUCCAAAGCCAAAGAAGAAGCACUCCUCCAAAACCAUCGAGCAGAAUGUAAACAACCUCAAUGUCUCGGAAGCAGAUCGAAAGUGUGAGGUGGAUCCCAUGUUUCAGAAGACCGCAGCCUCGUUUGACGAGUGCAGCACAGCGGGGGUGUUCCUCUCCACCCUGCGCUGCCAGGAUUACCGGAGCGAGCUGCUCUUUCCUUCUGACGUGCAGCCACUGUCCACUGGGGAGUCCUGCGAGCUGCCAGAUUUAGGCUGGGUAGAGAUGACAGACUUGAAAGCACCCUUGCAGCAGUGUGUGGAAGAUCGCCAGCUCUGCCCCUCCUUGGCCAGCUUCCAGUUCACCCACUGGGACAACGAGACGCAUACCGAGUCUGUGUCGGCCCUGAUAGACAAGUUCAAGAAGAACGACCAGGUAUUUGAUGUCGACGCGGAGGUUGAGAGUGACGGCGGGGACUUCAUGGAUGGGGCCCCGGAGGACGACUUUGAUGCCAAUGAUGAGCCCGAGCACACUGCAGCGGGAGACGAUGAGGAGUUCAGGAGCUGGAAGGAGCCUCACCAGCUCCAGAGCUGCGAGGAAGCGAUGAUUUCUCUUGGGGACGGAGACAUUCAGACCAUGUGUCCCCUUCUGUCCAUGAAGCCUGGAGAAUAUUCCUACUUCAGUCCCCGGUCCAUGAAGAUGUGGGCUGGCCCCGAUCACUGGCGUUUUAGGCCUCGAUCCAAACAAGCCACUUCCUCCCAGUGGGAAACCAGGAAGAAGAGCACAAAGAAAGAUUUCCAAAUAGACUUUGACGAAGACAUUGACUUUGAUGUAUAUUUUCAAAAAACAAAGGCUGCUACUGUUCUGAGUAAGUCCACCUUGGAGAGCCAGAAUUGCAGAGCCACCACCCUACCUGUGGAUUUCCAGUACAAUAUCAACACCCUUGUCCAGCUGCAUCUCAAGCCAGGCAUGAGGUUACUUAAGAUGGCCCAGGGCCAGAAGGCAGGCGCUGAGCAUUAUGAGGAAAUUGGGGACUAUGACUACAACAACCCCAACGACACCUCCAACUUCUGCCCUGGACUCCAGGCCGCCGACAGCGAUUCCGAGUCAGACAACUUACUCACAGAGCCCGCUGGGACUUUUGACCUUACCUCUGAGCCCUGCCACACACCUCUGACAGCACACAAGAACGGUGGCACUCCUGAGGACCACAAGGACAUCACAACGUACGGGGAAUCCAACCUGGUGGCUGAGCCUCAGAAGGUAAAUAAGAUUGAAAUUCAUUACGCCAAGGCCGCCAAAAAGAUGGACAUGAAGAGGCUGAAGCAGAGCAUGUGGAGCCUGUUGACAGAGCUGCCCGUCAAGGAGGCCAGCACCGAGGUGAAACCCAGUGAAACUGGCGCAGGAGGAGCCCCGGAGGGGGUGGCCAGUGACAAGAUGCUCAGUGGGCUUGUGAAGGACCUGCAGAACAGCCUGCCCCCCACCAUGUCCCAGAACCUCUCCAUCCCUCUGGCUUUCGCCUGCCUCCUGCACCUGGCCAAUGAGAAGAACCUGAAGCUGGAGGGCAUCCAGGACCUCUCCGAUGUUCUCGUGAAGCAGAGCAGCUGAAGCCCCUGCCUGACCUCGGAGUGGAGGAGGAUGCAGGGGCCUGCAGCAAGGAGUCACUUCCCUGGUCUCUGUCACUGUCUGGGUGCUGAUGCCGAGCCUCUGUCCGUGCCAACUGAAGCUGCAAUGCUGGCGACAAAUCUGGUGGACAGGAGGAGGACAGUAUGAGCUUACAGCUCUCCUGUGUGUGUCCCCCGCAUGCCCAGGGCCGCUGUCUGUCCUCCUGCACAGCUGCUCACUGUGCUCAGAGCUCUAGUCUGUGUGCACUUGUAAAUGUAUAUACAGUGCUGAAAAAGUCUAUCCAAAGAAUGUGCCUGGCAAGACA